AUGAAAGUAGAAGUUAGUGGAAGGUUCGAAGGGAAAUAUGGGCAUUUCGAUUGGGAAUGCGUGACUAUCGGCGAAUCGAAUGCAGAUGUCUAUCGAACUGAUCAAUUUGUUUUAAAAAAACAAAUGAUCAAGGAAAGAACUUAUCUAUCUGAUGAAAAAUCCCGAAUCGAAUGGCUGAAAGGCAAAGCAUCUGUACCAUAUGUAGUCGAUUAUGAUCGAGAUGAAAGAUUUGAAUAUUUAUUAAUGACACGAUUGAUCGGAACAGAUGCGGCUCAAACCAAAUGGACGAAACAAGAUCCAAAGCUGUUAGUCCAUCAAUUGGGCGUUGCACUUCACCAUCUUCAUGAAACAAUACCGAUUACUGAUUGUCCAUUUGACAUGCGAUUAAUUAAUCAAGCGAAAGAUAGACAUGAUUUUAAGGAGUUGAUUUCACAUGCACCUGACGAAGAUCUUGUUUUCACUCAUGGUGAUUAUUGUUUACCGAAUAUAAUUUUCGAUGAUAACGAAUGUCGUGCGAUUGGUUUUGUUGAUCUUGGACGUGCAGGCAUUGCUGAUCGGUACUAUGAUAUUGCAGUUGGCUUAUGGAGUAUUCAAUACAAUCUAGGUGAUGGUUUCAGAGAGAUCUUUCUCAAUGCGUAUGGAAUUCAUUCUGAUGUUGAUGAGAAAAAAAUUGAAUUUUAUCAAAAAUUAGAGAGCUUGUUAUGA